AUCGAAUGUAUCGGGUGUACGUAGAUGAAAAUAAUAAACAAUGAUGUUGCGUUGAAUGCAUAAUUCGAGAAAAUCCAGGUUUAUAUACUUGGUAUCGUCAGUAUCGUCACAGUUGACUCUUCAUCAAAUUCUCCAUCCUCGUGGUCCACGGCUAGAAAUGGAUUUCAAAAAUAUGGUAGUCAACGCGAAUGUCUUUGCUGAAGAUGUGGGAUUUAUUCUGUCCCACCACCACAUUAGUCUAGAUGAUCCAUGUGGCUUAACCCCCUCAUUCCAAAAAUGACAAUCGGAGAUGAAGUUCGGCUCAUGAAAUAGAUACAUUCAUUCAUUGAAUUUCAGUGGUUACGUCGAAGGUGCGUUAUUAGAAGGUAGGUUCAAGCUCAACGCAACAUUCAUUCGACCCUGUAAGAUGCCUCGACUUCUAUUCAAUAACACACUACUCGGAAAUACUAGAGUUAACCCUCUAGGAGGACGAUGGGUGUUUACUUCAUUUACGGAGUAUGCUGGCCCCUCAUUGGGGCGGACUUCCCCCACCUGGGUCCGCCUUGGUUCCCAGAAGAAUAAAUUCUUGUCGUUACGAAACUACAAGGUCCUAACAUGUGCAUCAAGAGCAUUCAGUACAGAAAGGAGGGCGUUGGCUGAUGAUAUUCCCCCAAGACCAUCACGGUCUUUAGCAGGAAAAGUCGCCAUAGUAACUGGAGCAGGAUGUGAAGGUGAAGGCCUAGGCAAUGGCCGAGCGAUCUCAAUCUUACUAGCAGAAGAUGGUGCUUCCGUGGUCUGUGUUGAUUUGAAUUCAGAGUGGGCUGAAAACACCAGUGCCCUCAUACGGUCGGAGGGCCGAGGAUCAAGCAUCAGUUGCCAGGGGGAUAUCACAAAACCUGACGAUUGUCAAAGAAUUGUGGAUACGGUACUGUCAAAAUUUGGCCAGAUUGACAUUCUAGUCAAUAAUGUAGGCAUUAUGGGUGCUCGGGGUACUGCAACGGAAUUCGACUUGGAUCAAUGGCGCCGGGGACUUGAAAUCAACGUUACCAGCAUGGCAAACAUGGUCAAGGUUGUCGUGCCAGAGAUGCGCAAGAACGAGGAGUCACUAGGUCAAAUCCGAGGAAGUAUUGUCAAUAUGGGUUCAGUUGCGGGUCUAGUUGGAGGCACUCCUCACUUGUUAUAUCCGACCAGCAAAGGCGCCGUGUUGAACAUGACACGUGCUAUGGCGGCACAUCAUGCAUCGGAUGGCAUCCGAGUGAACUGUGUUUGUCCAGGCAUGCUAUACACGCCGAUGGUUUACACCAAAGGCAUGAGCCGGGAGGUCAGAGAGACAAGAAAAAACCGAAGCCUCUUGCGUACAGAAGGCAAUGCAUGGGAUUGUGCGACAGCCGUUAGAUUUCUAUCUAGUGAGCAAGCCCGUUGGAUGACGGGAAGCAUACUCACAGUUGAUGCUGGUGCUACCGCUGUGUCAGCUAUUGAACUUGUGUGAAGUUGGAAGUUAUCACAUGCGUUUACGCAAUAUUCCACAAGAGUUUAAUAGAACUAUUCUAUGUUCACAAGAUUCCUACCUCCUCCAUUAUCGACAUGCCUCGACCUUGUGAGCUCCGCCUCAAUUUGAGAAAGGCCGAUAGUUUCUCUAAAGAAAUAGAGGACCAAGCGCUA